GUUUUAUAAAAGCCUUUAUAGCGGCGGUUUGCUGUGCAGCUCUGCGUGAUUAAUUGAGUAACCAGACUACACUCUUAAGUUUGUCUUUAUUACAUGCAAGACUUUGAAUACUGAUGAAUUCAAUGUAAUGAUGCCAGUUGCAGAGGAACAUGAAACUGAGGCAUUUGACACUCCAGAUUACAAACAAAAAUAUAAAUCACUGAAAAGAAAACUGAAGUUUCUGAUAUAUGAACAAGAGUGCUUCCAGGAAGAACUUCGGAAAACUCAACGCAAGUUAUUGAAAGUGUCAAGAGAUAAAAGUUUUUUGUUGGACAGAUUGGUACAGUAUGAGGAAAUUAAUGACUCCUCAUCAGAUUCUGAUGAAACGCUAUCAUCAUCUAGUGAAAAUGAAAUGAAGGAUAGUGGAUUUCAAAAAGGCAAGAAAAAGAAAACAGGUGCACAUACAUCUAUGCCGUCAUUACCAUAUAAUCUAGAUGGGUUUCUGGGUGGUUAUUCUGCAUUGAUGUCAGCUCAACAUAACCCACAUUCAUCACUAGACGCUGGUACAUUUUCUCUACCACAGUUCACGUCUGAGACUACAUUUUCUGACAUUCCUCCAAAAAAAACAAAGAAAAGUCGCUUGAAAACAGCCUCCAGUAAGCAGAGCAAAUCAAGUGAAGGACAUAGCACCAUACCAGCAGAACAAUCUAAUCUUGAUAUUAAAGUUGAAGAAGAGACUACCGGGGGAGAUGUAUAUGAGGGCGAUGAUAACUUGAUAAUUGACAUACCAGAGUAGAAGAGAAUGUAUGCAUCAUGGUUCCUGAAACAUGACUUCUAUGAUUACUUAUAUUUUUAUUAUUCAAAACA